GUUUCCGGGGCCGCCGGUGUGACGUGUCUCGAGCUUGGCGCAGCAGGAAGCGGCGGCGAUCGCGGCUCCAGUCCCCGGCGGCGCCAGCCCCAGCUCCUCUCCCGCUGCCGCCAUGCUCGACUUCUUCACCAUCUUCUCCAAGGGCGGACUCGUGCUCUGGUGCUUCCAGGGCGUGAGCGACUCAUGCACCGGGCCCGUUAACGCGUUGAUUCGUUCCGUGCUGCUGCAGGAACGAGGAGGUAAUAACUCCUUUACUCAUGAGGCCCUCACACUCAAGUAUAAAUUGGACAAUCAGUUUGAGCUGGUGUUUGUGGUUGGUUUUCAGAAGAUCCUAACACUGACAUAUGUAGACAAGUUGAUAGAUGAUGUGCACAGGCUGUUUCGGGACAAGUACCGCACAGAGAUUCAACAACAAAGUGCCUUAAGUCUAUUGAAUGGCACUUUUGAUUUUCAAAAUGACUUCCUGCGACUCCUUCGUGAAGCGGAGGAGAGCAGUAAGAUCCGUGCUCCUACUACCAUGAAGAAAUUUGAAGACUCUGAAAAGGCCAAGAAACCUGUGAGAUCUAUGAUUGAAACACGGGGAGAAAAGCCCAAAGAAAAAGCAAAGAACAGCAAAAAAAAGGGGUCCAAAAAGGAAGGUUCUGAUGGUCCUUUGGCUACCAGCAAAGCAGCUCCUGCAGAAAAGUCAGGUCUCCCAGUGGGGCCUGAGAAUGGAGAACUUUCCAAAGAGGAGCUGAUCCGCAGGAAGAGGGAAGAGUUCAUUCAGAAGCAUGGGAGGGGUCUUGACAAAUCCAGCAAGUCCACGAAGUCAGAUGCUCCAAAGGAAAAGGGCAAAAAAGCACCCCGAGUGUGGGAACUUUGUGGUAGUGCUAACAAGGAAGUCUUGGAUUAUAGUACUCCUACCACCAAUGGAACCCCAGAGGCUGCUCUGUCUGAGGAUAUCAACUUGAUUCGAGGGACUGGGCCUGGCGGGCAGCUUCAGGAUCUGGAUUGCAGCAGCUCGGAUGAUGAAGGGGCCGCCCCAAACUCCACCAAACCUAGUUCUACCAAGGGGACUCUGGGUGGCAUGUUUGGGAUGCUGAAGGGCCUUGUGGGUUCUAAGAGCUUGAGUCGUGAAGACAUGGAAUCUGUGCUGGACAAGAUGCGUGAUCAUCUCAUUGCUAAGAAUGUGGCUGCAGAUAUUGCUGUCCAGCUCUGUGAUUCUGUUGCCAACAAGCUGGAAGGGAAGGUGAUGGGGACAUUCAGCACGGUGACGUCCACAGUCAAGCAAGCUCUACAGGAGUCCCUGGUGCAGAUCUUGCAGCCACAGCGUCGGGUAGACAUGCUCCGGGAUAUCAUGGAUGCCCAGCGUCGCCGGCGCCCUUAUGUUGUCACCUUCUGUGGUGUGAACGGAGUAGGGAAGUCUACUAAUCUUGCCAAGAUUUCCUUCUGGCUGUUAGAGAAUGGCUUCAGUGUCCUCAUUGCUGCCUGUGAUACAUUUCGUGCUGGGGCUGUGGAGCAGCUCCGUACCCACACCCGGCGUCUGACUGCCCUGCACCCCCCAGAGAAGCAUGGUGGCCGCACCAUGGUGCAGUUGUUUGAAAAGGGCUAUGGCAAGGACGCUGCUGGCAUCGCCAUGGAAGCCAUUGCCUUUGCACGUAACCAAGGCUUUGACGUGGUGCUGGUGGACACAGCUGGUCGCAUGCAAGACAAUGCCCCCCUGAUGACUGCCCUGGCAAAACUCAUUACCGUCAAUACACCUGACUUGGUGCUGUUUGUGGGGGAGGCCUUAGUUGGCAAUGAAGCUGUGGACCAGCUGGUCAAGUUCAACAGAGCACUGGCUGACCAUUCCAUGGCUCAAACUCCUCGGCUCAUUGAUGGCAUUGUACUUACCAAAUUUGACACCAUUGAUGACAAGGUGGGAGCUGCUAUUUCUAUGACUUACAUCACAAGCAAACCCAUCGUCUUUGUGGGCACUGGCCAGACCUACUGUGACCUACGCAGUCUUAAUGCCAAGGCUGUGGUGGCUGCCCUCAUGAAGGCUUAAUGUGGCUCUUGCCUAAUACCAAAUCGCCGCUUCCCCCAAGUCCUUGUUCCCGUAUCAAGAAUGUGCUUUAGAGUAUGUGAGCAACUUGUCUUCAGUGUAGUACUACGGCAGAGUAAUGGGAGCUGCAGGGCUUUAAAGCUCCUCCCACUCCCUGUUGAGUCCAGCCUCCACCUGCACGGAGGGCCUAAUCAUGUUACAGUUACUGCCCACUCACCCUACUCCUGCUCAGGCGCUCCCUUCACUCUGCCUUCAGACUCAGUCUCAUUAUAGCUUUGACCAAUGUUCAGAAGACCCAGUACCCAGAGCUUUGCUAAUUACAGUGGCCAGAGAGCAUCUGAACUAAGGAGCAGUUUGAAGUCCCAGCUACAUUAGGUUAAAAGACUCUUCCAGAGCCAGCUCUGGGUGUUGAGUGGCACCUUUCCCUAGGGUACACAUCAUUCAGGUCACUGGUGCCAAGAUGAUGCCCACCUCACUGUGCCAGUGUGGCCUGUUCUUAAUUGCUGCUAAUUCAAAAUCCAACGAUGCCCCUACCCUAUUGUUUCCUAGAGCAUCAGCUAGGCCCAAGUUUGUUACAUGUAAGUGAAAGGCAAGUCCCUGCUUCCCUUGGAAACAACGGGAACCAAGCUGCAAUUGCAUCGGGCUUAGCCUUCCCACUCUUCCCCCUCCCAGGACCCAGAUGUAAGCUUUGCAUGUUCCCCUUCCUGGGAGAAAGCUAACUGUCAGAAGGGCAGCCAUUGUCCACCUCCCUGCCCCACCCUUUGCCUCCUGAGUGGGUCCUGGCUUUUCCUCAGCCCUCUCUCCUACAGUGCCUGGUAGACAAGUGCUACCUGGUAGACAAGUGCUAUGUUGAAGAAUACAAACCUCUUGUCCUGUAGCUUGGUAUUACAGAUGUGCUAUUAGUGCAAUAAGGUGAAGGCUGUCUGCCCAGAGAAAUACAUAAUUUAUAUGAGAAAAUAAAUUUCAUAAGUAAACUGCC